AGAAGCAGGUCUCAUGUGUCAGUGCACAGAAGGGCCUGGAGGCAGCUGCUCUCUGGAAUGGCCGCCACUGGGAAUCUGUCUGAAGAGCAGGUGCACUGCUCCAUUUGUCUGGACGUCUUCACCAACCCUGUUUCUAUCCCCUGUGGACACAACUUUUGCCAGAACUGUAUUCUGGGAUACUGGAAGACCAGCCCUCUGUAUCAGUGUCCCAUGUGCAAGAAGUCCUUCUACAAGAGGCCAGACAUCAGCGUCAACACGGUCCUGAGGGAAAUCGCCGAGCAGUUCAAGCAGAUCCGGGUCAAGAGCAUGGAGGAAAAGGCCAGCACCAAACCAGCAGAGGGGAAAGCAAAGAAGUGGACAAUGGAGAGAAGGAAAAAAGAGGAUGAGGAGAGGCUUUUGGAGGAGGAUAAGAAGCAGCAGCUUGUAGAGGAGCUUAAGCAAAAACAGGAGGAAGAGUUGAGAAAGAAGCAAGAUGACUUGCCCCCUUUAAUCCCUCCGGAGGUGGCCUCCAAAGCAUCUCCUUCAACCUUACUCCAAACUGUAGUCGAGGGUCCUGCACCACCUCUACCAGAAACGUCCCCUCCCCCUUCACCUCCUUUGUCCUUACCUUCACCUCCUUCCCCAUCCCCUCUUCUCUGGGAGGAGGUCCUCUGCGAUGUCUGCUUGGGAGAAGGGCGGCCCAAAGCAGUCAAGUCCUGCCUGGUUUGCCUGAGCUCGUACUGCGAGGAGCACCUGAAUUCCCACGCCGCCCGCUUCACCAAGCACAAGCUGAUGGAGCCCGUGGCCAACAUGGAGGACAGAAUGUGUCCAAAGCACGAGCGGCUGCUGGAGCUCUUCUGCAAGAAGGACCAGACGUGCGUGUGUGUGCUGUGCACGGAGACUGACCACAGGGCUCACUACACCGUUCCCGUGGAGAGGGAGUGGACAGAGAAGAAGGCACAGCUGAAGAGAACGGGGAUUGAUGUGCAGCAGAUGAUCCAGGACCGAGUGACCAAGGUGGAAGAGAUCAAACUCUCCCUGGAGCUGAACAAAGCCAGUGCAAAGAAAGAGAUGGACGAGAGCAUGCAGGUCUUCUCAGAGCUGGUGCGCUCCAUCCAGAGGGCGCAGGCCGAGCUGGUUGUGGCCAUCGAGGAGAAGCAGAGGCAGACAGAGCGCCGUGCCCAGGGCCUCAUCUCCGAGCUGGAGCAGGAAAUCUCUGAGCUGAAGAGGAGGAACGCAGACCUGGAAAACGUGGCUCGGACCGAUCACAUUCACUUCUUACAGAGCUUCCCUGCCCUCUGCACUCCCCCAUCUGUGAAGGACUGGUCUGAGACCAGCGUUCCCACUGACACCUGUGUGGGAAUGAUCCGGAGAACCGUCUGCCACCUGGAGGCUACCCUGACCGAAAUGAUUGACAAACUGUUAGAAAAUGAGAUCACAAAGGCUCAGAAAUAUUCAGUGGACGUGACUCUGGACCCCGACACGGCCAACCCAUGGCUGCAGCUGUCUCAGGAUCGGCGUCAGGUGAGGCACCUGGGGGCCUGGCAGGACCUCCCCGACCACCCUGAUCGCUUUGACACUGUGGUGAUAGUGCUGGGACGCGAGGGCUUCACUUCCGGCAGACAUUACUGGGAGGUCCAGGUGGGGGACAAAGACGACUGGUACAUCGGUGUGGCCAGGUCUUCGGUGAACAGGAAAGGAAGGAUCUCUGUCAGUACAACCCAGGGCUAUUGGGCUCUGGCCCUGAAAAAAGGCCAGGGCUACCGUGUAUCCACAGCCCCAGCACUGCAGCUUUCGCUUGAGUCUAAGCCCAAGAGGGUGGGGGUGUACGUGGACUAUGAGGAAGGUCAAGUGUCUUUUUAUGACGUGAAGGCUCGGACCCACAUUUACACGUUUGAAGCUUCUUUUACAGAGAGGAUUCGUCCCUUCUUCUACCUUUACUGCUGCGAUAAAGCCUCUGAGACCAUGGUGAUCAGUCCUGUAGGUGAGAAAAGUCUGAUCAAGCAGAACCGUGGAACCAACAACAAACGGGGCAGCUACACAUUAGGCAGUUGCUCUUUAAUUGCAAUCUUUGGAGCUUUUGCAAUGUCGGCUUUCAGCGCUUUUGCUUCUUUGCCGGAGGAUCAGUUCCUCUGUUCCAUCUGUCUGGACAUCUUCACCGACCCAGUCACCACCCCUUGUGGUCACAACUUCUGCAGAACCUGCCUGAGUCAACACUGGGACGACAACGAGCUUUGCCACUGCCCCAGGUGUAAUAAAAGAUUCCCCAGCAGGCCAGAUUUCUGCACAAACACCAUCAUCUCAGAGAUUUCAGUCCAGGUGAAGAGGAGAAAACUGGAGGUGAUGGAAGAUGAGGGCAAGCCGUGGCGGGUGAUGUGUGACAUCUGCACACAGUUCAAGCUCAAGGCCUCAAAAUCCUGCCUGGUGUGCUUGACGUCUUACUGUGAGGCACACCUGGAGCCCCACCACAGAGUCCCCGCCCUCAGGAGGCACGGACUGAUCGAGCCGGUGGAGAACCUGGAGGAGAGGGUGUGUGAGAAGCACAACAGGGUGCUGGAGCUCUUCUGCAGGCAGGAGCGAGUCUGCAUCUGCCUGCUGUGCAGCGAAGCAGAGCACAAAGACCACCAGUUUGUGGCUGUUGCAGAGGAGGCAGCUCAGCAGAGAGAGAAUAUCGAAUCCACAAAGGCAAAGAUCGAACAAAUGAUCAAUGAGAGAAAGGAAAAGAUAAAAGAAGUCACUGAAAUCUCAGAAAUGAGCAAAGUACAAGCAAAAAAAGAUUUGGAAGACAUUGAGCAACUUUUUACUGCUUUGAUGGAAAAUGUCCAGAAUGUGCAAAGUAAGCUCAAAUCCAACAUAGAACGAAAGUUGAGCAAAUCUCAGGAGAAGAUGCAGGCCAUUGUUGGAAAACUGCAGGAGGAAAUCACAGAGCUGCAGAGGAAAGACACGCAGCUGCAGGAGCUCUCACAAAACCAAGACUCCCUACGGAUGUUGCAGACCCUACAGUCUCUGCAGACCAUCUCUGAUCAGACGGACUGCUCCCAGAUUCGAGUUUACUCGGACCUGUGCGUGCAGACAGUGAGGAGAGCUGUGAGUCACAUCAUGGAUGUUUUUGGAGCUGAACUGAGAACUCGGACCAACACCGAGCUGAGUAGGUUGCGCCAAUACAAAGAAUUGGUGACGUUUGACCCGUCUACUGCUGGUGGAAACCUUGUGGUGUCUGACUUUGGAAAACGUUUAAAGCAUCCUAAAAUAAUCUACUCAUCAUCAUCUGACGACACAGAGAAGUUCCACCUGCCCAUGAUUUUGGGGACAAAGGGCUUCUCCUCUGGCCGGCACUAUUGGGAGGUCCAAGUGGGCAUGAGGAACAUCUGGGACGUAGGUGUUGCUGCAGAGACAGCUGAUAGAUCUGGACGGGCAGCUCUAAAAAAAGAGAACGGCUUCUUUGCCAUUGGAAAGCGGGGGUUUGACUACCAGGUUCAUGGUACACCCUACAAGGUUCUCCAUCUGUGUCCCAGGCCUAGAAACCUAGGCGUGUAUUUGGACUACGAAGAAGGGAGGGUGUCCUUCUAUGACGUGGGAGAGAAGCAGCACAUUCAUUCUUUUUUGGGGGUGGAGUUCACCGGAAAACUUUUCCCAUAUUUCUAUCUCUACAGCAAAACAAAGAAAUCUGAAUCCCUAGUUCUGCACAAUUAAGGAUCCUUUUUAAAUUCCUUAAUAACUGUCCAACAAGACAAAAGUUAAAUUAACAGGACAGCAGGUUGUAGAAGAACAUGAUCAUUUGUAGAACAUUUAUGACAUUGGUACAGGUUAAUGUAAGAAAUUAUACACAAUAUAAAACAGACACAUAUUUAUACCCAUAACGUUUUCUUUUCUAAAGUCUUCUGCAUGUUUAACUCUGUUUUUCUUUGGUGCUGCAGCCUCGACCAACCUUUGAACCCUCCGAGUUUAGCAGCUACACUUAGUGGACAAAACUGAGUUUCUUGUUGUCAAGCAUUGAGAGAAAUACAGAUGAUCUCUUGGAAAAAAUUAAGCUUGAAUUGAGACGGGUUGACGGGAUGAUGCCUGCCUCAACAGCGAUUUCUGAAUGGUCAAUCAGGCAGGUCAAAGUAAAAAUGACAAUGUUGAGUCCGCGCAUAAGUAUUUUUAUUUUUGGUGAUUAAUCUGACUUUUUAAUGCUAGGUUGAACAAGAAAUGUAUUACUUUUGAAACCAACCUCCAGUGGUCUUUUGAGAAAUUGCAACAGUUACAUCCAAGUUUGCAUCAAAUUGAGAGAAGUAGGUUGGGAGAUUGUGUUCUGCGCUCUUCUCGCUCUGAAGACAAUUGUAUUUUCAUGUUAUGAAAAAAAAAUCAAUCUGGGAUUUAUUUGGUUUUAUUUAGCUUUGUGGACUUUUAGCUGAGCUAAUUAACCUGCUAUACUUGGAUCCAGUCCUCUGCCUUUUCUUGUGACACUAUCCCAGAUCCACCAACCCACAUCACCCACUUUAUAAUUAAAAACUACAAAAACGGAAUGUUAAGAAAGUAAAAAGUCCCUUGUUUAAAGAAAUUUUUAAAGAUUUUUUUCUGUCUUGCAAGAAAAAUAAUUUUAAGAAAGUUUGUCAAUCGCAAAAUAAUCUUAGUUUAAGCCUGGUCUAAACUGGUAAAUCUGAUUAUAGUGACAUAAAAUGUUUUUAAAUAGGUAAAAAUAUGAGGGCAGCUCACAGGAUGUUCAUAACAUCAACAACAUCUGUAAAUCUGUAAAACCUUCAGAGUUACCAUUCCGUUAGACAGCUGUCCAUCAGUUGUUGAAUGAACCCUGAAGCUCAUUGGUUAUCAGACGAAACCAGGGCUGAAAUGUGUGAUGUGUUUUAACAUUUACAUAAGGACCCUAAUAUAAAUGGAGGCAAUAUUUUAAAUGCAAAGGUUUGGACUUUUUAGAGGACAAAACGGCAGCCUGAAGGGGUUUUUCCCUGGAUGGUCAUCUGUCAUAAACUGAUUUCAGUGCUUGUGGUUUUGAAGGAAGAGCUCAGGAAAAGAUCACCAACAGGUGUGGUCUAAAAGCAAACUGUCAGAUCUGCAAAAGAGGAAUCCUAAUUUUAAAUCAUGAAGCUGUUUCCUUUAUGCUUUGCAUUUCCGUGUUUCACUGUGGUUCUUCUUCUCUCAAAAACAUUCUGUUGUGCAACCUGCUUACUAUAUAAAGCUUGUGGUGUUUGAGUUUUCUGAACAUCUUCAUUGCUGUUUGUCUGUUUCUGUUGUGAUGGUGUUAUAUUUAAAGGUGUGAUAUCACUUGUGAGAAAAAAGAAAUGGUGCUCACAACCACACGUGAUAAACACUGGCUAUGACUAGAAAGUUGAACAGUCCAGCAGGGUGCAAGCAGAAGGAUGAUGGGAGCCUCCCUCAGUGA